UGUGAUUCAGGAGUUGUUGCCCAUGGAAUCCGGCCAUUCUGGUAUGAAGUUUGCACACGAGGAAACCGAAAACGGAAAGAAGCUAGUGAAGGAAAAUUCUUUAGCUGUUCAAAGGUCUAACUGGGAUAAAAGUGGAGGUGUUCCAGAAUCUUCCGUGUCUAGAAUUGACGGUCAGCCAAUUCCUCAUGUUUCUACUGCAGUUCCUGUUAAACCCAAGCCGAGUCCUCUUGUUUCUGCUGCAGUUUCAGUUACACCCAAGACGUUCAAGGAAUCAGAUGGUUACCGGAAGUAUUCCAUUAGUGAAAUUAAAGAGAGGUAUCAUCUUGAUGAAAGAUUCGAGGUGGAGUUCAUCGAAGGUGAAGAUAAGCUGACUGACGCACUUGUCAAGAAUUUUCCUUGCGACAAAGACAACCUAUUGAUUGCGGUCGGUCAGUUGGAGGCCGGUCUACGUUUACCUCUGUACUACCCGGAAAAUCCUUUCUAUUAUGAGGUAUUGAGUCAACGUGCUGAUAAGAGGGGCAUUUUUCAGUACAACGGCAAUUUCUUUCGCUUUCUACGGGAAUGCCGCAAACGUAGUAAGGGCUGCACUGGGAUAACAUCUGAAGUUCCUAAGUUUCGUCGCGAGGAUUACACGGCUACCAACUUCAACUGGACUUGGGCUGAUAACACAAUGGGGAGGAACCGGUUUCCUUGGUGUGUCGGCCCUCGCCGCAUCCCAUAUAGCCAGGAUCAGGAUUUCUCCGGUAAAGCCGAGCUCCUUCCUGAGUACAAGAGGAAAAAGCGGUUUGGUAUGGUGCGACUUGAUCAUGACGAACAGUGGUUCCGCACUCCCUUGCGUAUUAAGGGUCCUUGGGUGAUGGGCUGGUUAACUUCUGGAGAUCCCCGCACCAGCUUUGAGAAAUUCUAUCCUCCUUACGAGCCAUGGACUCUAAACAUGGUUGCUAGUGGUGAAGUGACUUCUGUAACUGUUCCUGAUGAUACUGAUGGGACUGACACAGAUGGUGAUGAUCCCGCUUGGACGACACCUCUUGUUCAUCUGAAGCGAAAGCCUGCCCCUGGUGACCAGAAUGUUGAGGAUACAAGUGUGGAAAGGUCUCGUCCUGAUAGAUUGGAUGUCCAGUCUUCUAGUAAGAAUUCUGAAGAUCUGGAGAUCCCCAAUGUUGUCGACGCUCCUUUUGUGAACUCGGGUGUUCUUGAUUCUGAAGCCAGGGAUGAGUUCCGUUCCACGACCAUGGGUUUAGCCGAGAUAGAGGCUUUCUUUCAGGAAUUUGCUCAUGAGUCUACCUUCUCAUCUGUUGCUAAAUUUGUGGAGCAAUGCCCUAAGUUGUACGACUUGUACCUGCUUUACCAUAACAAAUGCAAGGAUCUUGAGAGGGAGAAGGAUUUGCUGGUGUCAGAGGUUCACGAUCUUAAGUCGCGGAUGCAGGGAUUGGUCACUCGUGAGGAGGCAGACGCUGCGCUCGCUAAACAAAUUGAAGCCACUAAUAGUAGUGUCCAAGAGCAUCUGGCCAUUGCGAAUGCUAGGAUUCAAGAGCUGGAAAGCCUAAACCGCGCUCAAUCCCUAGAGCUCGCCACUAGAGCGGAGAGGGCCCAGGAAAUUAUCAAGUUGGCUGAGGGAUUAUGAAGCCUGGUGAAAAGUGCAAAAUGUUGUUGAGGAUCCGAUCUUUUUUGUGUUUCCUUGUGAAUAUUCAGUAACCCCUCCUCUAACUUGUGCAAAGUAGUCGUCUUUUUGUUAAUGUCAUUCUAAAUGAUUUUGGAUGAAAUAUUCCAUAUCUUGUAGGUUCUAGUCGUCUUAAUGGGAUACCAUUUUACUUGGUGAGAAAUUUUGGUGCAUUCCAAGGAAAAUCAGUACUCCAUUAGCGGCAUUUCAAGGCUACUUAGUAUGGGUCUUGCCUUUAAAUGUAAUUUGUCACAGUUGGGAAAAUAUUUGCAACAAGUGCAGGAA